AAAAGUAAAAAAAUAGACCGGGCAUUUGACAGCUUCCAGCCUUUACGUAAAAUGUUUUUUCGUAAGUUUGCAUGUACAGUAGCGCGCAGCCACUAUUGCAACACGAGACACUUCCGAUUGGCUGUAGGGCGAGAGCUUCCAAUUAACUUAACAUGCACUAUCAUAACAAAAACAGGCAUUCAAAAUGCGACACGAAGGAGUUUUUACACUUGUGAUUUGCUUUGCAAACGCCGAAAAACCGGAGAGGAGAAGAAAUCCGAUCGCAUCAUAGAAUAUUCGCCCAAAAAGAAGAAAAAUGAUGCAAAGUUAGAAGGUGUGGUGGAUAUUUGGCGUCACAUAUCCGUUCAAGAACUUGCAGAUUGUCUAAAACGCCCAAUAGAGGAUGUACAAGAGGUGAUGUUAUACGUGAAGGGUGCUGACAAUAUAGAACCACAAGCUCGUCUUGAUGAUCUCAAAGUCAUACAAGAAAUAGUUAAUAAAUGUGGCGUUAAGACACGCAUUGUCUCUGCACCAGAAGUAGAGGUGGAAGAUUCAGGUGAUUUGGGUAAGCACCAUGAUGUGUCGCCACGCCCACCAGCUCCAGCAGAACUUUUGAAACCACGUCCGCCAGUCGUAACUGUUAUGGGACAUGUGGAUCAUGGCAAAACAACACUAUUGGAUUCAUUACGUGGUGCAGCAGUGGCGGCAGGUGAAGCCGGUGGCAUAACACAACAUAUUGGUGCUUUCACAGUGAAACUUAGCAAUGGUGAGCAGGUGACUUUUCUCGACACACCUGGUCAUGCGGCAUUUAGUGCAAUGCGUGCACGUGGAGCACAUGUUACGGACAUAAUUGUACUGGUAGUGGCUGCCGAGGAUGGCGUUAUGGCACAGACACGUGAAGUCAUUCAGCUUGCGUUGAAUGAGAAUGUCCCUAUUAUUGUCGCUAUUAAUAAAAUUGAUAAACCCGAAGCAGACAUUGAUAAAACCAAACGUGAUUUAAUGCAAAUGGGCUUAGUGCUGGAGGAACAGGGUGGCGACAUACAAGCCAUACCAAUUUCAGCUUUGAAAGGUACAAACUUAGAACUUUUGACGGAGGCUGUGAGUACGCAGGCGACUAUUAUGGGCCUUAAAGCAGAUCCUGCUGGACUUAUUGAAGGUGUUGUUGUCGAGUCGAGGACAGAUGCACAUAGAGGAAAGCUCUCUACCGCGAUUGUUACACGCGGCACUCUACGGAAAGGCGCUGUGCUGGUGAGCGGCUUGGCGCAUGCCAAAGUGCGUGGACUAUUCGAUCAUAACGGCAAGCCAAUGACGCAAGCACCACCCGGUACGCCAGUCGAAAUAUUGGGUUGGCGCGAGCUGCCACUCGCUGGUGAUAUUAUACUUGAGGUGGAAACCGAGAAAAAGGCGCAUUCCGUGUUACGUUGGCGUGAACAUGAAGCCAAACAUCACAAAGCGGAAGAGGCUGUUGAUGAGAUUCGCAAAAAAGACGAGGAACAUUUGGCAAAAUAUCGGGCUGAGCGUGAUGCGCGUCGAUUGGCCGGCAAAUUUCGUAUGCGUUACGGACCGCGCGAAAAGGAAAAUAUCGAACAUGACGAUGUGCCACGCGUUAGUAUUAUUAUCAAAGGUGAUGUGCACGGUUCGGUAGAGGCUCUACUCGAUGUCUUCGAUACCUACACUAGCAAUGAACGUUGCAGGCUCGAUGUGGUGCACUACGGUGUGGGAAAUGUGUCCGAGGGCGAUAUUGAAUUGGCAAGAGCGUUUAAUGCGAUAGUCUAUGGCUUUUCAGUGCCGGCGCCAACGAAUGCGCCAAAAGACGUGACAAUACGUUGUUACGAUGUCAUUUAUCGUCUUAUCGACGAUCUGAAAAAAGAAAUUAGCAGCAAACUUCCCGCGGUGGAAGUGGAAGAGAUUGUGGGCGAGGCGAAUGUGCUGCAGCAAUUCUUCAUCAAUGAGGGCCGUAAAGAAGUGCCUGUUGCCGGUUGCCGUUGUGUCAAGGGUGUACUGAAGAAAGCACACAAAUUCCGUUUAGUGCGUGAUGACGAGGUUUUAUACGAGGGUCAUUUGGAGUCUAUGCGCCAUUUGAAAAACGAAGUGGAUUCCAUAAAAAAGGAUGUGGAGUGUGGUCUACGUUUCAAGGAUACGAAAGUGGUGCCGCAAGCGGGCGAUACCAUUGUAUGCUUCACAACGCGCAUGGAAGAGCAGCAAACAGAUUGGGAUCCUGGAUUUUAAUUCCAUCUGGUCUAAUGAAGUCCAGUUGGUUAACAGAAAAGCGCCGAAAAUUGUACUAGUGUAUAAAUGGAAACUGCAUUUCUCGCAUUAGAAUUUUUCUAUGCAAUUCAUGCCCAUCAACUUUGCCAUGUUAAUAAUUUUUCUUUUAAAGUGAACUGUUAUAAGCUUUCUUAACUGCGUAAUUUGGUAAGAUUUUCAUUAAUUGAAAGAAAAACAUUAUGUUAAAAACGAAAAA